UGCUUCCCCAUACCCGGUCCACAGAUACCACACGCUAGCCUCCUACAGACACAAUGGGCUCCGCUAAGAUCUACUACGACGACGACGCCGAUCUCUCUGUCCUCGACGGCAAGAAGAUCGUCUUCCUUGGUUUCGGCAACCAGGGCGCGGCGCAGGCGCAGAACUUGCGCGAUAGCGGCAUCCCCAACGACUCCAUCCUCGUCGCGAACCGUGAAGAUCACUACGCGGAGGACGCAAAGUCGAAGGGCUUCCACGUCGAGCAUGACUUCGGCAAGGCAGCAGAGGUUGCGGACAUCCUCUUCGUCCUGAUCCCCGAUCAGGUUCAGCCGCGCGUCUUCAACGGCCAGUUCGCACCGAAGUUGAAGGCUGAUGCGACGAUCGUCGUCGCGAGCGGGUACAACGUCUUCUUCAAGCUCCUCGAGUUCAAGCCGACACAGAACGUCGUCAUGGUCGCGCCCCGCAUGAUCGGCUCGUCAGUGCGCUCGCUGUACCAGAAGGGCCGCGGCUUCCCGUGCUUCGUGUCGGUUGAGCAGGAUGGUACGGGCAAGGGAUUGGCGAUUGCCCUUGCGUUGUCGCGGGCGAUCGGGGCGACGAAGGCUGGCGCGAUCUCGUCGUCGGUGUACGAGGAGACUGCGAUGGACCUCUUUGCUGAGCAGGGCUUGUGGCCGAACAUCAUCAUGCUGUUCCGCGAGGCCUUCAACGUCCUCAAGGAGGCCGGCUGCUCCGACGAAGCCCUCUGCUACGAGAUGUGGAUGUCGAAGGAGCCCGCCGAGAUCUUCGAGCGCGCGGCCGAGGACGGCUUCGUGCUGCAGCUCAAGCACCACUCCUCCGUCUCGCAGUACGGCCAGCUGAACGGCGCGGCGAAGCUCGACGGCAGCGCCGCGCGCGCGCACUUCAAGGACAUCCUGUACAACCAGGUGCUGAACGGGAAGUUCUGCAAGGAGUUCGCGCAGAUCGAGGACGCGUUGGAGAAGGACGACGAGUCGAACCCGCUGAACAAGCUGUACAAGGACGCGGAGGAGAGCGAUAUGGGCCAGGCGGAGAAGCGGGUGCGCGCGCGGUUGACGGAGUUGUUGUAGAUGCCUGCUAGUACUUCAAUUGUAUUAUAGAUCAUUUAUCAAGCACAUGAAAGCCC